GGCUCUUCCUGUUGUUGUUGUUACCAUGGGAAAAGUUCACGGAUCGUUAGCUCGUGCCGGUAAGGUUAAGAAUCAGACUCCUAAGGUCCCCAAGCAGGAGAAGAAGAAGGCUAUCACUGGUCGUGCUCGUAAGCGCAUGCAGUACAACCGUCGUUUCUCGGCUAAGGUGACCGGUGGUCCCAAGAGAGGCCCUAACUCGAACCAGAAGUAAACGAGUUGAUUUACGAACUGUAUCAUCAUCGUAAUAGCUCGACUGCCUACUACUUCUA